AUGGUCUCACAGUCAAGGAAUCUGUUCUCACAUACUAUGGGCCCAACUUCGUACAUGUCUGUGUUUAUGAACGAUAGUUAUUCCAGACGUAUGUUCCACCAGUAUACCCAAUCACAACUUCAAGGGUACAGGGAACAAUGGGAAAUGCCAUAUAGUAAAACACCUUGUUCCGACAGCGCACCAACUCAAGAUGAAUCGAAGGUUGUAUCCGAUCUUCCUCCUUUGAGAAUUGUCACAUUUCUUGUGGAAACGUUCUUCGAGACAUUAUACCCGUUUGCACCGUUCAUCAACAAGUCUCCCUUUAUGGAAGAGAUGAAAUUAGCAUUGGCACAGACGGGAAAUAGGACGGUCGUAACGCCACAGGGUAAGCAAUUGCACAGCACAAUUGCAUUGGUAUUGAUUAUGAUGAGAUUUUCUUUUCUUACCCUUCCCUUUCAACAGUACUAUUCCAACUCACUAAGCGGAAAAAUUCAAAUGAUGAUGAAAGAAAUCGUUGAAAAUCAGGUAGAUAUUCGUCCAUCAUAUAUCGGUCGAGCCAAUAUUCUUGUUUCCGCUGCUGGCUGCUUCAGUAAUAUCAGCCUCAGAGCAAUACAGGCUGCUCUCUUAUUAAGAACAUAUAAACUGUUCUGUCCCGAAGGAAAUGACGGAGGAACCGAGUCCAGUAUAUUAAUUGGCUCUCUCAUUCAGAUGGCCAGGUUUCACGGGCUUCAUAGAAACCCGGAUUUUUACAAGAGUACCAUUGUUGAUGUGGAAACUAAGCAUUUGUGGAGAAAAAUAUGGGCGCAACUAUUGUAUUUGGACGCAUCUCAAUCAUUUAACUUGGGAAGCCAAUUGAUGAUUUAUGAAGAAGAGAACUUCCCUUUCCUGGAAGUUCCGAAUUUUGCAAUUACUGAUGAACCGCUCAUCGUGAACAACUUUGCAGUGAAAGCACAAGUGGCUCAAAUCUUACGAAACCUAAUCAAACUAACUACAAAGGAUGGCCAUACCAAAAAGUCCAUGCUACUCGAACUGGCAAACACGAUUGAGUCCUUGAUGUGCAACAAAAUCAGAGUAUUUGAACAGCUCUACAUUGCUGAGUUCAACGAUGUUAAUGGAGCUAUAAGUAGCGAUGUCUGCGACAGAGCUCUUGAAUUCUGUUUGCGCUUGGACUUGACUUACAAGCUCUACAUCAUUUACUUUCUACUCUACUCUUCUUCUGACGAUCUCGCUUCGAAGGAGAAUUAUUUUAGUGCUGCGGUAGAGAGCGGUCUUAUCAUUCUCAGAAUUGGCAUAGCCUUCUGUGACACUCCACACUUAUUUUUUGGAGCCCAGCUAGAAAAGGUGAUUGCCCAGAACAUUUUCCUAGCGGUGUAUCGUACUGUGGUGUCUUUGACUUCGAUAGUUCCACGGAUCAUAGAUGGUACUUUUUCUUUGAAUAAUGCAGUGAAAAAGUUUACAUCCCCCGACUCCGCUGGUCUCGUCACUUGGUUAAAUGUUGACUUUGAUAAUGAACAAGCUGGACUCCACAGUUUGUUAACCAAGUUUCAGAGUCUCUACUUUUCGACUACGAACUUGGCGUCCACUUACUUCUUAUGCUACCGAGUGUCUUGGGGUAUGAAAUAUGUGUUGGACUAUGUAGCAGAAAACUACCCCAGCGUCAUAGAGGACAAAAUGCGAGAAGAACAAAUACUUUUCAGUGACGAAUUCAGUGAUAUAUACUCCACCCUCGGCGAGAUGUGGAACAGCGAAUCUGUGAUCAACUUUGAUUAUAUAUUUGCCAGUUUAGGUGUUGAGAAUUUAGGGACAGGCUUGGAGACAUAA